CUGUCUCUCGAUGUUCCUGAGCUUCUUCGUCUCUGAGGCUUAAGUUCUUGACGUCGAGACUACCUUCUCAGAGCUUACCAUCUUCCUGUACGCCUUCUUCAACCUCACAUACAAUACGCGCACUCUAUUUCAUGGACUAACUGACAGUCCGUCAUUGCAAUCUGAGCCUUUUCCCUGUUGGUGCCCUUGUAGGUUCUGUCACGCAACACCACUGUGUACAGAAUGACUUUCAUGAAGGGGAACAAGUCAACCUUGGAGGAAGCUGCUGAAGUCGCUGCCCAGAAAACAAUUCCUUCUCGCACCCCAACAUCCAGUCCCGGCAGCAAGCCACAAGUGAGGCAUAGAGCCUCUGUUGCAUGCGCCUCCUGCCGCGACAGGAGGAUUCGGUGUGUGGUUCCGAAGGGCGAGUCCGAGUGCAUUCAGUGUAAAAAGGCCAGCAGCGAGUGCAUCAUCAAGAAUGACGACGAGCGGCGACGGCCAAUAUCGAGGGCAUACAUGUCCUCCCUGUCUAACCGUAUCGCCAUGCUCGAGCACAUGCUUCUGGACAAUGACAUCCAACCCCCUCCAGCAGUACAUCCCCCAAAAUCGAGACAUGAGGCUACAGGACUCUCAAAACAGUCAGACGAACAACGGAAAAUCCUGGCUAAAAAGUCCAUCGGUCCGGAGGCCUCUUCUCUGUCGGAUUCAGGGAGCGAAGACUGCACGGCACAAGAUGGCGGCCUUGCCAAAGUCGCGUCGGUCACAAGAUCGGGAUUAUGGCCAGUGUUGAAGGAUCAAUCUUCUUCUCGCACAACCGAGCCGAACCAGGAAGAAGUUAACCACCGUUUUCUGUCGACGAGAGGAAAUCUGUCAUUUGAUCGGCUUUCUGGACAGCUACGGUUUUUCGGGCCUACGGCUAACUUUCAUUUGUAUCGAAAUGAAUCCGGCGACCAGCUUCAGUGUCGCCAGCCGUCGGAACAGGUUCGUCGAGCCCAAAGCUGUCUCCGGACCCUCAACAGCGUGACCCACGACUACCUCAUGAGUAACUUCUGGACGCAUUACGACAGCACGCUUCGAACCAUACCUAGAGAGUCGUUUGAAUCUGCCCUGGAGUUGCAAAACCGAAAGUUUUACUCAUCAUUCCUGCAUGUUUCAAUCCUAGCCAUAGGGUUCCGCUUUGCUGAUCCCUCCCGAGAAGAUGUCAAGCAGAUGGCAGUGGGAACCCGCGAGAGCAGCCUGCACAGAGAGGCCAAAAAUAUGGCUGAAUCAGAACUUGAGAAGCCUGGCGGUAUUCCUAGCGUACUGGCUCUCCUACUUCUCGGCGAUCUGGAGUGCGGCGUUGGCAGAGAUAACUCUGGUUGGAUGUAUACAGGAAUGGCCAUCAGGUUGGCUUUCGACAUUGGGCUUCACAUUGACUGCCGUGACAACGGCAUGAGCGAACAGGAGGUCGACAUCCGUCACAUGGCGAUGAGAGCCUGCGUGUUAUAUGACAAGUAUUGGGCGCUGUUUCUUGGUCGGCCAACGAGUAUUAAAGAUCGGGACAUUGACCUCGAUUUGCACUCCAGGCGGUUUUCUAAACCGAGUUCCCUCAAGGAAUGGCCCGGGGUUGCCGACAAAGUGGACGAUGUUGAAGAGAUCCAGACCCAUCUCAUAGACCUGAUGGAAAUCUCAAGUCGUAUCACUGAAAUGAGAGGCAAACCUCAAAUCCACGACAUCACUCAUGUAGACGGUGAUGGCAAGUGCAGUGGAAGCAGCGAUGAAAAAGACGCCGCGUAUUUCCAUGCCAUCGAAAUCGAGCGUCGACUUCGAGAUUGGCACAGGCGGCUACCGGAACAUCUACAAUGGAAAUCUGCCAACAUCGAACACGCCGCACUCAACUACUUUCUUCUGCAUCAGCAGUAUCAUGUUUCCAUGGUAUUGCUUCAUCGUCCAUGGGCGGAAAAUGGUCGGAAGACCGGCGACGAGAUGAGCACUGGUCAGUACGCAAUUCCAGGUCCAAGCUCAGGCUCAAGAGACGCCUCACUUCAGCACCGCAAAGACUCUCCAGAGACCAACGGCCCCUAUACGAAUAUAGAAGCCGACAGGAUGGCGUCUUCUCGUAAAUUAUGCAGCUUUCACGCGAUGUGCGUAGCAAAGAUCUUCUGGCAACACCGCCAGAGAUUCGACGGUACCAAGAUCUUCAUCACGGGCGUCCAGCACGCUGGCACAGCAGCCAUUGCCUUGAUAGCAGCAUCCACGUACCAUCGCCGCGAGCCAGAGAGUCGAACGUAUCUCAGGUGCCUUGAGAUAUUGGCCAGUGCCAUCAGUGACAUGGGUCAAUCGUACCAACCGGCGGCAUGCAUGGAAAACCUUCUGAGAGAGGUUCUUUUGAAGCUCCGAAACGACAUCGGAGACCCUACUGACCUUUUUACGCCACUCGUUACAUUACUUGGUAGCGGAAAAUGGGUGCGUUCGAGCUCGAACUGGAGAUGCAGCUCAAACAGUACAUACUCAGUCCUGCCGGAAACACGCGAAGCAGACGCUAGCGAUGAACACCCGCGGAAAAGACGACGUCCGUGUUUCAGUGGUGGUCGAAGAGCAUCGGAGUUCAGCCGCCCAACUUUGCCAUUCUUCACUGAACAGCUACAAGAAAAACGUCGCAGGUCUUCGCAAAGCUGCUUUGCUGUCGGUAACCGUCCACUGUUCGACCUGCCCGCAUCUACAAAGAAUGGCGAUAAACACGAGCACUUCAACCUGGCCUUUCUCAAAGGGUCCGACAAUGAGCCAGAAAAAACAUCAAAAACCACGAUCAAGACAACUGGGAAGUCGAUUCUUGUCACACCGCCGUCUGGCAGCUGGCCAAUCGUAACAUUUGACGAGAGUCCGGUGUCUACGUCCCGGAAUGCAGACUUUGGGUACGAUGAGCUGAUAAGCGAAAGUGGCUCAGGGACAGCCGGCUUCAGUCCCGAUUCGACAUCAGUCGCGCAGAACAGUGGAAUAGGAGGCGAGAGUGCCGUUCUACUGAAGCCAGCGGCAUCACGACCAAUCCUCGGCGAUCAGAUGAAUCGGAGGGUUACUGAGAACGAGGAAAAGAACUCCAGUACAUCGCCGGCAGUCGGUCUUUUCGGCGGAGGCAUGGGCUGGAUGGGCAGCGAGAUGGACCCCAACAUGAUGGGCUCGGUGAGUCUUGGUGACCUGGUGCAGAGCUCAAUCGCGGACAAGGUGGUCAGGGAUAGGACAUGUGAAGCCCCCAGAAACCAUGAGCUGGAUUUUAUGAGCUUUUGAUACAGUAUUAACCGCAUCGAAACCGAAGUAAUUCAAAGACGCAACCAUACGAAGGCCAAGGCGACGUUUUACCAUAUGUCGUCAAUACCACUGUCAUCGGCCAGAUCCUCAUGUUGGAUUUGACAUGCGCCUUGGGACAAACCAUGAAAACAAUAUCAAUUCGGAGUGACUGCAUAAAUGCUGCACAAUGCUCCUUAUUUUGGCUCUACUCCAAGUAAUGAAAGGCACCACUCCACCUCGCUGCU